AUGUCGUUCGUCCUGCCCAACCCACCGACGACCGACCCCGCGCGCCGCGACUACUACCACCACGCCGGCCCCGCCUCGUCCACCGCCGCCGCGCCCGUCGCCUCGACUAGCGCCGCGCCCAUGUCGUCCGGCGUGAUCGGGCUCGAGGGCAGCAGAAGGGCGGCAGCAUCGGCCAGGCCCGCGACCAGGAGAAAGGGCAAGGGCAAGGGCAGGACCAUGAGCCUCAAGAUCUUCUACUCGCUCAACUCGCCCCGACUCGGCACGCCGUCGUCAUCGAGCACGACGCCCCAGCUCCUGCCCGCCUCGACCCCGACGCCCGACUUCCUCGCCGUCCUCGACCCGGCCCUCGCGCCCUCGCCCAACCCGCCCGCCCAAGACUCGCCCCAGGCGACCAACUAUGCGUGCAUGGCUCGGCUCUCGGCGCCCGUCUGGGUCCAGAUCGUCGGCGGCAGGCGAGGCGCAGACGGCGAGGACGCCGCCCAGUUCGGCCGCAUCACGCUCAAGACGUGCUUGAGCGCCAUCUGCAUCUCUCGUCCCGAGCUCGUGUUCGACCCGACCAAGGACUUCUCGGUCUCGGCCGUCGACCCGUACGAGUCGUCGCACCAGCGCCAGGCGCCGGGCAGCUCGGUCUCGGGCACGGCGGCGUCGUCGCGACCGGGCGAAGGUCUCGUCGAGGGCAAGGGCAUGCUGUCGUGGACCCUCGCCGAGAAGAAGGAGGGCACGACGAUGGUGUGCGGCAAGAUUGUCGGGCCGUCGGGCACCGAGGCGCGCAGGCGCAAGCGCAGGAGGUUUGACGACGGGAGCGGACCGGCUGAGGUGGACGACGAGGACGAGGACAGCGAGGGCGAGGAGCCGGAGGAGACGCUCGAGAUCUGGCUUCAGCUCACCGAGCGCGACGCCUUUACGCAGGGCCAGUUCCUCGAUGCCCUGCGCUCGUACCACCACAACCCGGUGCAGAUCUCGGACCUCAACUCGUCGCCGCCCAAGCGCCACGAGUCGGCCGUCUUCCCGCCCGCCGCCUCGGCUCCUCGCCAGUCGACGAGCAGCACCGGCGACCCGGUCAAGCGCAAGCGUCCUCGCGAGUCGCCCGUCCUGCCCAUCCCGUCGGCGCCGCCGAGCACCACCUCCCUCGCCGCACCUUUCGCCACCGGCCCCGCCGAGUCGUCCCCCGCCACCUUCCCUACCCCUCUCCCGACGCUCGACUCGGCGUUCGACACCGCCGGCGCCGACCUGCAGGGCCCGCAAAACGCCGCCGUCCUCAACCAGCUCCUCGCGUCGCUGUCGGCCGGCGCCGGCGUCGGCGCCAACGGCCUCGCCGGCCUCCUCCCGUCGUCCCUCCCUCUCGACUCGCCUCAGCUCCUCCCGGCGCUGCAGACGCUCGCCAAGUACUACGGUCUCGACCUCCCCGGCCGACAGGGUGCAGCGUCGAGCUCGUCCAGCACGCCCUUCCCGGCCUCGACUGACCCGGCGCCGUCGAGCGCGCCCGCGCCCGCACCUGCGCCCGCAUCUACGGCGGCGUCGGCUUCAACGACGGGCGGCGGCACGACGCGUCGUCGCACGGCCAAGGACCGCGAGCACUUUGUCGCGAUCGACCUGAGCUCGCUCGCGGCGCCGCCGACCAACAAGCAGAACCCGCGCGACGCCAACGGGUGCUCGAACUGCCGCCGCAAGAAGAGCACGACCUGGCGCGAGGGGACGGGGAGCGACGGCGCGCUCACGACCGUCUGCAACGCGUGCGGCACGUUCUACAACAAGAACGGCUACCACCGCAACAAGCCGGGCCAGAACGCGGCCGCCGAGACGUCGCCGCCUCAUCAGCAGCAGCAGCAGCUCGCGCCCAAGGGCGGUCGUCCGCUCCAGGGCCGACUCACGGCGACGUGCGAGGCCGACCUGCAGCGCAAGGUCAAGAAGCACAAGGCCGCGGCCGGCGUCGUGCCCGGCGUGAUCCCGCCGCUGUCGCCGUCCAAGCACGUCGGCCCGCGCUCGCCGGCGCUCAAGUUCGACUUUGGCGGCGGGCACCGCAGCGUCGGCCGCAGCGCCGGCGUCGUCAUGAGCUCGCCGGGUCGCUCGCCGCGCCUGCGCUACCGCUCGACCGUCGUCCCGUACCCGGCGACCUCGCCUCUUCGCGGCUCGACGUCGGCGGCGGCGGCGCGUGCGGCGGCGACGUCGAGCAAGAACGUCGACGCCGACUACGAGUCGGACGGCGAGGAGCGCGGGCCCAACCCGCUCUCGUUCGGCAGCCUGUUCGGGCUCAACGGCAGCCCGAGCCCGGUCCGCGUCGAGCAGCGCCCGGCGAGCGGCGGCGAGGGCAUGCCGAGCUACCUCCUGUCGGCGAGCCCGGGCACGGCCCUCGACCGCAUCCUCAACGACACCAACAUCGGCUCGAUCGGCGGCAUGGCCGGCGCCGCCCCGGUCAGCGACGCCAUGCAGCUCGAGGAGGCGGCCGCGACGACGCUCGACGACGACUUUAGCUUCUUCCUCCAGCCGCACAGCCCGACGCGCGGCAACAAGGAGAACGCCCGGCCUCGAGCCGGCACGGCGACCGACGGCGUCCCGACGACCGACCCCGAGGCGUUCGAGUCGAUCCUGUCGUCGCUCCGCCGCAACUUUGACACGCGUCUGUCGUCCAACGCGCUCACUGCGCCGUCGUCGCCGGCGCCGUCGAGCCCGUGCGUCCUCCCUCGCACGAGCACGGCGACGCCCGGGUCCAAGGGCAAGGCGCCGCAGUCGGGCGGGCGCGAGCCGCCGUCCAUCCUCGAGGGCUUCAUGGACAGCCUCGUUCCCGGGCUCCUGUUCGGCUCGGAGAGCGGCGGCGCGUCGUCGGCGCGGCAGCAGGUCGGCUUGACGCCGGCGAGCGACUCGGACGCGUGGUCGCCUGCCGACGCGCACACGGCCCAGCACGACCUCGACCUCGACCAGACGCUCACGCUCGACUCGUUCGCCGGCAACUCGGUCGCCAAGUCGCGCCCGCCGCGCUCGUCGACGCGGCAGCACGGCCAAGAGCACGACAAGGCGCGCCCGAGCGCGAGCAAGAACGUCAACCGCCGCGCGCCGUUCAUCCCGGCCCACCUCCUUGCGCCGUCCGACGCGACCGACUUUGACUACGGCUCGCUGCCGCCGUCGAGCCCGCCGCAGCUCCCGAGCGAGGCGUUCCCGACCCCGUCCGACUUUGACGGUAUCACGCCCUCGGCCGACGGCGGCGACAACGACGAGCAGCGCGCGCACGUCGGCGCCGGUGGCGCAGGAGCUGGCGGCGCCGAGUCGCUCUCAAUCGAGGCGGUCGCGGCGCACGUCGCGCGCGAGCCCGACGUCGACGCGCGCAAGGGCAUGAUCGCCCUCCUCCAGUCGCUCAGCGGCGGCGCCGGCACGACGGGCAUCGCCGAGCAUGUCCACCUCCCCGGCGCGGGCAACGACCAGAUCCAGCUCGACCGCGGCACCGUCAACCGCCUCCUCGCGCUCAUCUCGGCAAAGUCGCCCGCCGGCGAGCGGACCGCCGACGACGUCUCGCCGACGCCCGCCAACGACCCUGCGGCUGUAAGCGCCGACAGCGCUGCGUCGUCGUCCACCUUGGGCGCCGAGCGCUCGGCUGCGACGAGCAAGACGACCGCGCCGCCCGUCGCCGUCUACGAGCAGGCCCACCCGACGCCCGACCUGUCGCACUUUGACUUUGACGCGUUCACGACGGGCAACGGCGGCGCACCGACGACGGCGGCGGCGCAGUCGUUCGGCGCUGGCGGGCAGUUGAGCGAGCUGUACACCGACCUCUUCUCAGACACCCCUCAGUUUUAGACUCUCUCUCUCUUUCCUCGCCUCUGAGCCCCUUUCUUGCACAUACCUUCUUCGCCCCUCUGUUCAUGUCCUCGUCCCCCUGCCGUCGUCUCUCGUCCUCUUACGCUCUGUCCAUCCCCCUCGCCGUCCCGUCGUUCUUCC